AUGACCAGAGCGAGUGUAUUCUUGAUAGUUCUAUAUGUCGUUACUUUCAAUUUGAUCGUGGACUGUGAACGCCUACCGUAUGGUCCUUAUGAAGUAGCAUGCCCACCACAUGAACUUAUAAGAUUAGCAGAAGACUCUCUUUGCGAAGAAGAAAGUGACUAUCUUGCCAAUAGACGGCAAGUUACCCAAGCGUGGAUCACGAAGUUUCUUAAUAAACUAUCCAUUCCCGAAUUUGAUAUAGCUGUAUUUAAUGAACUAUCCGACCAGCCCAUCGGGAUUGGAUUGGCGUUAUCAGGAGGCGGAUAUAGAUCCAUGCUCACAGGCUCGGGGUUUUUGAUCAAAAUGGACCAGUAUGGAAUAUUCGAUUGUUUGAGCCAUAUCAGCGCUAUAUCUGGAGGUAGUUGGCUGCUAGCAAGUCUGAUUUUGAAUAAUUUUAACAUCACUGCAAUCCAAAAAUGGGAUAUUGAGGACAGCUUAUUGAGAGGAAUACCUGAUAUUGAAGUGCACGAUAAAGAUAUUGUCACAAGAAUUAACAUGAAGGAUGCAAGCGAGAUCAUUGAGUCAGAUGAAUGGUUCUACGAUCAGUUGACAGAAUCUAAAGUAUUGGAAAAAAGAAGCGAAGAUAGCUUCAAUACCUUCGAAAAGUUCUUUGCGCAAAUGGAUCAAUACUCCGAUACAUUAAACAAUAAUUCAUUGCGUAAGAGAACGGUUAACUAUUUCAGUUUGAUCAAAGACGUAAUUAUAAACAGUUUCAAGAACAAAGAGACAACAAUUGACAAGGACUUGACUAUCAAGGGAAUGGUCCAAUCUUUCAAAAAGUUUCGUACUGCUUUGGAAUUCUACAUUGAAAUUCAUUCAGAAGUGAGAGGCAAAAGAAUGUUGGGAUUUCCUUUGUCAUUCACCGACUAUUGGGGUAGGGCACUUAUCAGACAUAUCGGCGUUAAAAUGAAUUCUUCUGAUACCGUAAACUCUCUUGCCCAAUCAUUUCAAGAAAGUUCAAAGUUCCAAUCAUUUCAAAUGCCGAUUCCUAUAUUAGUCUCUAAUUGCAAAAAUGAGCAACUGAAAGAUGCAGUGUUUGAAUUUACGCCCUUUGAGUUUGGAUCAUGGAAUGUACUCAAGUUGUUUGUAAAACUAAGAUAUUUGGGCUCUAAAAUUAUAUCAGGAAAACCACAGUUCUGUGUAAAUGGGUUUGAUGAUAUCAGUUUUUUGACUGCCACGUCUUCAUCACUGUUCAAUAACGUACUGAUCUACAUUUGGCAGUUAGUCGCACCAUCACUGGAGACAAGGAAUGCUGUACGCGCAAUUAUCAGCACGUUUGGACUUGAUUUUCGACAGUCAAGCAUUCAUGGAGGAAAAAUUAACUUCACACUUGCUCGUCCUGAAUAUGCGCUAUACGGGCCUAAUCCAUUUUACAAAUAUCCUAAUGUCGAAAGCGUUCUCACGAAUGAAUCACAAUUGUAUCUUGUAGACGGAGGAGAAGAUGGAGAAAAUGUUCCAAUUCGAUCUUUAGCUAUUCCGGAGAGGUCGUCAGACCUCAUAUUUGCUUUAGAUUCAAGCUCAGACGUGAAUAACUAUCCCAAUGGAUCAAUGCUAAGAAACCUGUAUGAUCACUAUAUGAAAGAAGAGCACAUCGAAACCUCUAGCACAUAUCGACCAAAUUAUCCAUUUGUUUCGUUACCUUUCAUACCUUCUAGUGAGUUUUUCGCCAGAGGUAACCUAUUGAGCCGCCCGAUCGCAUUUGGUUGUAACUUGGAAAGCUACAGCCUUCGUAAAGGUGCUGAAAUUCCUUCCAAAACCAGUCCAAAAAUUCAAACUCCUCCUAUUAUUAUCUACUAUGCAAAUUAUAACCAUUCCUUCCCAUCAAAUACUUCAACUUUCAAAUUGAGGUACAGCGAACAGGAGGUCGAGGGCAUGUUAGAUAAUGGAAAAGAUAUAUUCAGCUUUGACUCAAGCUCCUUCUUUAUGAAAUGUAUUGGAUGUUUGAUGGUGAAAAGAACAUAUGAUCGUCACAUCAUUGAAGGUGGUCAAAACAAACCGCCCACGUUUUGUCAAAAAUGCUAUUAUGAGUUUUGUUACAAUUGA